AAAGGUAGGCGAUAGUUCUAGCAACGUUCUUCCAGAGACAGACGGGCUCUGGUUCUUCUAUACUCUUUGGUUCUAGUCACAGGAGUGUUGGUUUUCGUUUUUCUGUUGUCUCCUUACGUAUAUAUUUACCAGAAGAGUCGGGAAAAUGACGGACAACACAUUUCCAGUUUACAAAUUAGAUGUAAUCGUAAAUUUCUUUCGAACUGAAGUCUUGACUGGACAAGAAGCGAAACAAUUAACGAAAAAUGACCUCACCCCGAGCCCAAACCCAGAUACUGUAAGAAGACUAUACAUGAGAGUAUUGCAGCUCAUGUAUAAUUUCAGGCCUGAAUGUCAUUCCAUGGUCCCACUUUCUGAAAACAUUCAGUAUCCAGCGUUUCACGAAUAUCCAACUGCCAUCAUGAGUGUUUACUUAAGAAUGCGUAAAUUUUUGCCCAUGUGUUUUGUAUAUGACUUCAGUUUGAGUGACCUACUAGCCCCAAGCGUGAAGCGUACAGUCACUGUGUUGAGUGGUAUCAUGAACUUUCUACACUUCAGAAAGCAGAGGAUGGACAUGGCCUUAGAGCACCUGGAGAGAUUUAGGGCAGACAUGGCUAAGCUGCAGUUUUCCACAAAUGGAAUAAAAAAUGCAGAGAAGAAGAUUGAGAAUCUGACCACUAUCCCCCCAGAGCAGCAAGAAGAAGAUAAAAAGCUCUCCGCUGCCCUUUCUGACCUCCAGACUUCCAGCGUGCAUAAGUACGAGGAGGUGAAUGCAGUGAAGGAGGAGAUUGCGGAGUGGAAAACGGAAAUUGCGGAGAGGUCACAGAAACUGACUCAGAUGAAGGUGGAUGUGAGUACGCUGAAGGAGGAUAUUGGAAAACUGGAGUCUCAGGUUGUGGAGUCGCCAGAGGAGGUGAAGACCCAGAUGGAGAAGAUGAAGGAGAAUGUGAAAAACAUCAAGAUCUCUAUCAAGCAGGCGGACGAGAGGCUGGUGGGGUUCCAGAUCACUGUGCAGGGCGAGACUCACCACAAGGCUGAGAUUGAGCUCAUGCACAAACUGCUGCAAGACUUGCAGAGUGGCAUGAACAAGACCCAGCAGCUUCAGGAGGAAGUCCAGAAGUUAGAAGUGGUCAAUGAAAAUCAGCAGAAGGAGCUGAGAAAUCUGGGAACAGAGGAGAGCCAGUUGAAGAGAGCACUAGGAAUGAAGCUCGACAAGGAAUCCAAGCAGCAGAUCCGCAGGCAGAGGAAGAAGGAGAGGACGGACCAGCACGUCCAGGGUGUGAUAGGCCAGUAUGGCCAGGUUCAUCAGAAGCGGGAGGAGAUAGCUGAGCAGAUUUUGGAGAAAAACAGAGAGACUCAGCAAGUUCGCAACGAGAUACAAAACAUGAAGGAUAUCUGCAACCAUGAGACGGAGAAGGCACAAGCUCUCUUUGACCAACUGAUGGCUUCCCUGGACCAGUUCCAUAAGAAGAUCGAAAGUUGUGUUGUGGAGGGCAACAAUGAUAUCAAGAAGAUGACAUCAGACUUCUAACUUCCAAUUUGAUACUGUACAUUUUCAUGUCUUUUGUCACUACUUUGUAAUUGCUUAGCAUACACAUAGCACUGCAUUUACUGAUUGUUGUAUUUGUUUCCUGUUGACGGUUUCAUCUUAUCUAUUAAACUUAUAUGGCAAAUG